AUGUCCACCUUCUCCUCUUCGGAACGCGCCGAAAAGUCUGGAAUCGCUCUGGAGGCCCAGCAAAAAAUUCUCGGAAAGUACGACAAGAAUCUGGCGGGAGAAAUUCUUCAAUGGGUCCAGGUGAGGCGAUCUUUUCAAUUUUUUUUUCUGGAAAGUUGAAUUUCCAGGGAAUCACCGGUCAAUCGUUCGACACUCAGGGCGACGCUGACAAUUUUGUCAAGGUUUUCCAGGACGGAAGCCUUUUGUGCAAGUGAGUAAAGAAAUUUUAAAUAUUUGGGAAAAUACAUAAACAUUUUCAGCUUGGCGAACGCUCUGAAGCCCGGAAGCAUCAAGAAAGUGAACACGUCGGCGAUGGCGUUCAAGAAAAUGGAGAACAUCUCGUUCUUCCUCAAGUUUGCCGAAGAAUUCGUCCAAAAAUCGGAGCUCUUCCAGGUUUUGCUCAUUCUUUUCUGGAUUUUAGACCUAAUUUCUCUAUUUUUCAGACUGUCGAUCUGUACGAAGGUCAAGAUCCAAAUGCGGUGCUCAUUUGCCUCGCCUCGUUGGCCCGAAAGGCACAAAAGUUCGGACGUGACGGACUCGGACCGAAAGAGGCCCAGGGAGACCGUCGCGAGUGGUCCGAUGAGCAGUUGAAGGUGAUUGUUUACAAUGUUAUGCUCAAUAAUUGCAACAGUUCAAUUUCAGGCCGGCCAAAACGUGAUCGGACUCCAAAUGGGCAGCAACAAGGGCGCCAACGCCUCAGGACUCAAUUUUGGAAACACCCGUCACAUUUGA